AUGAUUGCGCUGUCAUCGGCACUUCGAGCCAGAGCCUUUGCGGCUGGAAACCGAUUCAAUCGUCCCGCCUUGUUUACCAAAUUAAUGUCGACCGCUACGGACGUGGAAAAUCCCCUCUUGCAACAAGAAGAUCUUCCCAAGUUUAAAUCGAUUGAACCCAAAGAUUUGACGCCCGCCGUCAACACGCUACUCGAAAAGUUGGAUUCCGAUUUUGAUCAAUUCGAGACUACAGUGGCAGCGGCCAAUGGCGCCGUCAAAUACGACCAAGUGCUUCCCGAAUUGGAACGCAUGCAAUUUGGUUUGGGAUAUGUCUGGGGCAUUGCAGGCCACUUGAAUGGCGUCAAGAACGGCGAAGAACUGCGUACGGCAUACGAAGAAAAUCAACCACGAGUCGUUCAAGCCAUGACCAAAUUCUCGCAAUCCAAACCGCUCUAUGAUGCUCUGGAAACCAUUCAGAAGGAAUGGACUGAUGAAGAAGCUGACUUUGAAGUGAGUCAGAAAAAACGUGCCGUGGAAGGAUCGCUGCUGGCCAUGAAAUUGGGUGGCGUGGGUCUCGAAGGAGACACCAAGGAAAAGUUUAAUGAAAUGAAAAUGAAAUUGGCAGAACUCUCGACCAAAUUCAGCAACAAUGUCUUGGAUGCCACCAAGAGUUUCUCUCUCACGGUAGAAGACACUGCCAGCAUGGAGGGAGUCCCGGAGAGUGCCAAGGCCAUGUGGGCCAAUGCCCAUGUCAUGUACCUCAAAAGUCAAGACGCAAAAGAUGAUAUUCCCGAAAUGAACCCCGAAGCAGGACCGUGGAGAAUCACUCAUGACAUGCCCAGUUACAUUGCGGCCAUGCAACAUUUGCCCGAUCGUAGUCUCCGAGAGCAAAUCUACCGCGCCUACAUUUCUCGAGCGGCAGAAUCGGCAGAAGAACACAACAAUGUGCCACUGGUGUACGAAAUCCUUCGACUCAAGCAGGAAAUGAGUCAAAUGUUGGGAUUCCAGAAUCAAGCCGAACGAAGUCUGGCUAGCAAGAUGGCUCCCAGUGUCAAGUCGGUGGAGGAGCUGUCGGACCUGAUUCGUGAAAAGGCACUACCGGCUGCCGAGCGGGAGCUGGCCGAAAUCACGGCAUUUGCCAGAGAACAUGGCGGGGAGGAAUACACCGAGGACAAUUUGGAAAAGCUCAUGCCAUGGGAUACUACCUUUUGGUCCGAGCGUCUCAAGGAAUCCAAAUUCGAUUUGACAGAAGAAGAGCUUCGUCCAUACUUUGCCCUCCCCAAUGUCCUCGAUGGUAUGUUUGGAUUGCUCGAACGCAUCUUUGGUGUCACUGUCCAAGAAGCGGAAGGAGCUGCCGAGGUGUGGAACCCAGAUGUCAAGUUUUUCAAGGUCUUUGAUGCCGAGACAGACAAGCACAUUGCUAGCUUCUAUUUGGAUCCUUUCUCACGACCCGAGGAUAAGCGAGGUGGCGCUUGGAUGGAUGUCUGCAUUGGAAAGUCGGAGGCGGUGAAACGAGAUGUCCCAGUUGCCUACUUGACAUGCAAUGGUUCUCCACCCGUCGGUGAUAAGCCAUCCUUGAUGACGUUCCGAGAAGUCGAGACCCUUUUCCAUGAAACAGGACACGGACUUCAGCACAUGUUGACCAAGGCCAAUGUGGGUGAUGUUGCUGGCAUCAACGGAGUUGAAUGGGAUGCCGUCGAAUUGCCAUCGCAGUUCAUGGAAAACUGGUGCUAUGAUCGACCAACUGUGUAUGGAUUUGCAAAGCAUUGGGAAACCGGCGAACCUCUACCAGAAGAAAUGUUUGAAAAGCUGAAGGAACAGAAGAUCUAUGGUGCCGGCAUGAUGGCUUGUCGUCAGCUGCUGUUUGGACAAUUAGAUAUGGAACUACACUCCAACUAUGACCCAGUUGCGGGCGCCAGUGGAGAGGGAGAGACGAUCUUUGAUGUUCACCGUAGGAUGGCGGAGAAAUACACUCCAUACUCCCAACCACUUCCGGAAGAUCGAUUCCUCUGCACUUUUGGUCACAUCUUUGCCGGUGGAUACUCGGCCGGAUACUACUCAUACAAGUGGGCGGAAGUCAUGAGCGCCGAUGCCUUUGGUGCCUUCGAAGACGUGGGUCUCGAUAACGAAGAAGAAGUGGCAAAGGUAGGGCGGAAAUUCCGCGACACGGUUCUUAGUCUAGGAGGAGGCGUUCCACCCAUGGAGGUGUUCAAGCGGUUCCGCGGACGAGAACCAAGCCCCGAAGCCUUGCUGCGCCAUAAUGGCCUCGCGUAA